CACAAGAUUUCUUGCCCUGACCAUCUUCCGCACGCCAGAGCACAGCUGGGAGGGCUAGGUUGGAUAGCUGGUUUUGUCUGGUUGCUAAGCCCUGCUUUCCUUAAAAAAGGUGUGGCAAAGAGGAAGCCGUGUUUAUCAGUUCAAUUUCCUGGAGAUCAGUCAUUGCCCGAAGAGGUUCCUGAGUGGUUCCUUCUGAGUGGUUCCUUCUCGGCAUAAAAAGGACUCCUCACCCAAACAGCUAAGGACAGAUGGAUGGAAGAUGGCAGGUAUGAGCAUGUUCCUUUCCCUUCUGGGACUCCUUGUGGCUGUGAAACAGAUUCAGACAGCGGAUCCUUCUAUCCAAGAUGUCACAGGGAAGCUGGGAACAACAACCCUUCUGCAAAGUGUGAAGGAAGCCAAGCGGCAGGUUGAUGCCGACUUUAAGCAGACUCAGGAAAGUUUGCAGGAAAGACUGGCGAACGGGACCCUCAGCCCUGCUGACCUCUUGGCAUUGUCCAGACAGCCCAGUGGAAAAUCCAAGCAGGCUGUCAAAGCUGCCAAUUACUUGGAUGUCACUCUGGACCUCCUGAAAGAGAGGCUGAAGGAGGAGAUCCCAGGGGAUUUUAAACUCCAAGAUGUUCUCACAUCAUCUCAAAAGCAAACCAUCUUCAAGGCAACUGGAUGCGCCCAGCAAGAGAAGGUGACAUGUGAUCACGAGGAGGAGAGUCCCUAUCGGACAAUUACAGGCAAAUGCAAUAACAUAAGAAACCCUCUUUGGGGAGUCUCUAACCAGCCCUACGCCAGGUGGCUUCCCCAGGAGUAUGAAGAUGGCAUCUCUGUACCACGCGGCUGGACAGAAAAUAAGCUGUAUUCUGGAUUUCCUCUGCCUUUGGUCCGGGCAGUGUCCAACGAGAUCGUCAGCUUUCCCAAUGACGAUUUCACCGAGGAUCAGCAACGAUCCGUCAUGUUCAUGCAGUGGGGCCAGUUUGUCGCCCACGAUCUCGAUCUGGGCCUCGCAGAGCAGACAAAGGAUUGCAGGGGAACAUGCGACAAAGAUCCUCCGUGCUUCCCCAUCAAGUUGCCCGCCAGUGAUCCCCGGAACAGAAGCUGCCUUCCCUUCACCCAGGCAGCCCGGGUAUGCGACAGCGACUUUGCCGCUCGAAACCAGAUCAACGUGAUCACGUCCUUUCUUGACGCCAGCCUCGUGUACGGAAAUGACGAUAAAAUGGCUGAGGUUCUCAGAAGCUCAUCAGGUGAUGGUUUGAUGGACGUCAACCGGAACUUCACAGAUAAAGGCUUGGCCUUCCUCCCCUUCCGCAGCUCGCUACUAUCAGGUGGCUGCAUUGCAACUGAUCCAGAGAACAAAAUCCCCUGCUUUCUGGCCGGGGACUUUCGAGCUGACGAAAUGCCAGACUUGACUGUGCUCCACACCGUUUUCCUGAGGGAGCACAACCGCCUGGCCACGGAGCUGAAGAGGCUGAAUCCGCAGUGGGGCAACGAGAUCCUAUACCAGGAGGCCCGGAAAAUCGUAGUUGCUGAAUUACAGAAAAUUACGUACAGAGAUUACCUGCCUGAACUUCUGGGUCCUGUUUCUGGAUCAACCCUAAAACACUACUGGGGCUACAACUCUUCAGUGGACCCACGCAUCUCCAGCGUCUUCACGAAUGGCUUCCGUUUUGGACACACCACCGUCCGGCCGACAGUGAACCGCCUAGACGCCCGUUACCAGCUUGUGAGCCAAAUGCCUCUCCGGAAGCAGUUCCUGGCACCGUGGAGUGUCCUGAAACAAGGAGGAAUUGACCCGCUUCUGAGGGGCAUGUUGGCGAAGCCUGCCAAAUUAUUCAAACAAGACCAGUUUGUGGUGGAAGGGCUCAGGAACCACCUCUUUGAACAGGGUGGGAUCGGAAUGGAUUUGCCUUCUAUGAACAUGCAGCGAGGUCGAGAUCACGGACUGCCAGGUUAUAACGCUUGGAGGGGCUUCUGUGGCCUUUCCCAGCCACGCAACGAGACUGAACUUGCCGCAGUUCUCAGAAAUCCACACUUGGCAGAGAAGUUCAUCAAACUGUAUGGGACACCUGACAACAUCGACCUCUGGGUUGGGGGUGUGGCUGAGCCCUUGGAGACCAAUGCCAGGGUUGGCCCGCUCCUGUCAUGUAUCAUUACCCUCCAGUUUAAGAACCUCCGUGAUGGGGACAGAUUCUGGUGGGAGAAUCCCGGCGUCUUUACCCCUGAGCAACAGAAGGCCCUUGAUGCAGCCUCCUUGUCCCGGAUCAUCUGCGAUAACACCCACCUGAAGGAGGUACCCAAGAAUGUUUUCGGGGCCAACCAAUACCCUCAAGACUUUGUCAGCUGCAAUGAUAUUCCUAGACUCAGUCUCUUUUCCUGGAAAAAAAAGGGCCUAGCGUCGAUUACAUCACUGUCCUCAAAACCUGCAGCAUACCUGGGGAUGAUGGGAAGUGUAGUUUUGUUGGCCAUCAUGCAGUGUCUGUGACGGAGAAUACCACGCUUAGAUGGAACAAGGUCGUCUCAAGGGAAAGCUAAUCCGGACGUGAACAUUCAGUGAGCUCAGCAUCGGACCCAAUCUGUCAGGACAUUUCUCCUGCACAGGCUCCAUUGAGACUAGUGGGAACUGAUUAGUUGUCAAUCCUUGGUGAUAGCUGAAUAAAACCUCCAUGUAAAGAA